AUGCAUCUCACGAACCAGGAUCUCCCAAAGCUUGUUCUGGAAGGAACCCCUCGAGAGAUUGGGCUCCAGCAUGGCCGUCAGCUCCGCCAGCAAAUUCACAGUCAGCUGGCCCUUUACGAGGAGAUGUUCAAGCACACAGCAAAUAUGUCCUGGGAUUCGGUCCGAGAGCUGGCCCAGGAAUUUCGCGCGGUCUCGGAGCAAAAGACUCCUGCAGUCUUUGCUGAAAUGCAGGGAAUCGCGGACGCGUCGGGCCGGGAUAUCCUGGAUAUCGUAGCGUUGAACUGUCGCAGCGAGAUUGCCAUGGGCUGUUUCUCCGACGGGUGCACGAGUAUUUCGUGGAAGAAGAGGGAUGAUGCCCGCAUUCUGGGGCAAAACUGGGAUUGGACCAACCUGGUGAAGGAGAAUCUGGCCCUGGUGUCCAUCGAACAGGUCGGCAAGCCGAGGAUUCAUAUGGUUACCGAGGCCGGCAUCAUAGGGAAGAUCGGAUUCAAUAGUGCCGGCGUCGGCGUCUGUCUCAACGCCAUCAAGGCUCAUCCCUGCAUCAGCUCCAAGGUGCCCAUCCAUUUGGCGCUCCGUCUCUGCCUGGAGAGUCAAUCGGUGGAAGAAGCUGUGCAAGCUGUCGCGUCUCUUGGAGGAAUAGCCUGCAGCGCACACAUCUUGAUCGCUGACAGCGCCACGUCCCUAGGCCUGGAACUUUCACCGCUGGGGGACGUGCAUCUGAAGGAAAAUGAACAUGGGAUCAUCACCCACACCAACCACUUCCUGGAGAAUCGUCAUGUAGUCGAGCCAGUGUGGAUACCAAGCUCGCCCUAUAGACUGGAACGCAUUAACCAACUGACAAGUGAGCUGGUUCGGAACGGGCUGCACGGAGACAGCGUCACGCCCGCCCUGCUGCGAGAGACCAUAUUCUCCGAUACUUGCAAUGCGCCAAAUUCCAUAUGUGCCCGUAAAGGGGACCCGAACCGUCACUGGACGGUCCGGAGUACUACCCUGUUUAAUAUCGUUAUGAAUUUGGACGCCCGUUGUCCAGAGGCAGAACUUGUUAUCGGCCAACCGGGCACCGGCACGGAAAGCUCCGUUAUCAAAAUCCCUUGGGAAUAA